AUGCCGCGCCUCGCGCGGCAGCGGCAAAUUGGGUUAACGGUGCACAAUGGUGGUGGUUAUUCCUCAUGGAUCCCGAGCGAGGCAGGGCUUCCUACAAGUCAGGGCAGGCAGGCUGAACAACCGAAGCGCCGAGUAGCGGCCCUGGUGCUGCUGUCGGCGGCGUGGACGACGGCGCUCGAGGACUUCCCCGCGGAGACGGGCCCCGGCCCGGGGGCUGCAGCGGCGGCGGCCGAGGACCUCGGACAGGCAAAGGUGCAACAAGAAGGGCAAGGGAACGACAUGUCGGCCGUGCCCUCCGCCGACGGGUGGCAGCCCAUCGCCCUGGUGACGGAGACGCCGGCCCAGGCGCCCACGCCCCUCGACGCCAUCCUCCAGGCCGUCGCAGACGCCGCCGUCGAUGAGGCCGCCGCCAACGAGGCGGUCGGCGUCGCCCCCGAGUACGACGCCGGCCCCGAGCCCGACAACGCGACCGUGGCGGACCGCGGAGGCCACGCCAGGGCGCUCCGGCACCCCGUGCACUCGCGUCUGCAGCACCACAUGAAGCCCAAGAGGCUGCAGCGGCCGCCGGAGUCCAUGGCGUCCAACAAAGUGGAGGUGUUCGUGGCCGCGCCGCCCAGCAUGCUGGGCUCCUUCAGCACCCUCGGUGGCGCCCCCGCACCGGCCCCGGCCCGCGCGCGCACGCCGCCCCACGAGAAGCCGUCAUCGCCGGUCCCGGACCCGGAGAAGAGGGCGACGGAGAGGCCGGACAAGCUGCACGCUCAGGAGACGCGCUACCUCUACGACACGCGCGUCUCCUUCCCCUACGAGCUGCUGCCACCGCCUAUGGCGCUCCAGCAACGCCCCGUCCAGUACAAGAACCCCACUGAGCAGGACCAGCAGCAGUUCGGUCCCUCGCAGACGAACGCCGGCGGCGCACUCAGCUUCUUUGACCGGCCGCAGCUGCAGGUGUUCCCGCAGGUUGGUCUCGGGCAGGGUCUGGGCCAAGGCCUCGGCCAGGGUCUCGGCCAGAGCCUCAACCCCUUCCUGCAGGGCGUGAACCCCUUCUCGUCGGCGCCCAUCUACGGCCAGCCCGCCCCCGACCUGUUCCGCAAGGACUCCGUGACCCAGUCGCCGCUCAGUCACACCACCUUCAACAACCAGCAACAGCAGCAGUCUCAGCACCAUCAACACCACCUCCAGCAGUCACACCACCUUCAACAACAGCAACAACACCAGCAGAUUUUGGCUGGUUUUGCACCUAACCUGUCCACCACCAAGUUACCCUUCCACCAACCACACCAUGCUGGUGGCUUCCAUAGCGCGUUCCAGCAGCAGCAACAGUCACACCUGUCCGACAGCUUCAACCGGUUCAAUACUGACAAGGGCUACCUUAACCUCGGUCAGCAGCAACAGCAGCAGCAACAACAACAGCAGCAGCAACAGCAGCAACAGCAGCAACAGCAUCAACAGCAUCAACAGCAUCAACACCACCACCACCAACAACAACAGCAGCAAGCCAAGCCCAGCUUCCACCUGAAGGACCCUACUCCUACCAAGGAGAGCUACUCCACCAAGCGUCCACAGCUGCAGCUGCAACAGCAGCAGCUGUCCAGCAAACAGACUCUCCUCCCGGCUCCAUCUCCGUCCAAGACAACGCUGGUCAAUUUCGGACUUCUGGCGUCCGAGGCUCCCCAAACGCGUCCGAACAAGAUCAAGCUGACCGAUGGCAACCCCAUCGAGUCGGAAGGCAGCGCCGCCACGGACAGGCCGCUGGACAGGCCCAGCGCGCCGCACUCGUACGCUCAGAUCAACACUCCGCACGGACUCGGCGGACUCACAUCGAGGCCAAGCAGCUCGCCAUUUAGCGAGGACGAGGCCGGAUACCCGCCCAGACUGUCCUUUGGCAAGGAGGACGCCAAGUUUGGUCUUCAGCAGGACACCAAGUUUGGCCUCCAACAGGAUAAGUUCAAUCUCCACGCCGAUACUAAGUUCGGUCUCCAGCAGGACUCCAAGUUUGGCCUGCAACACGAUAAGUUCAACCUCCAGCCCGACACCAAGUUCGGUCUGCAGCAGGACACCAAGUUCGGUCUCCAGCAGGACCCCAAGUUCGGCGUCCAAGUUCAGGCGCGACCCCCCGAGAAGCAGCGCAUCACGCGCCCAUUCUUCCAGGACGACGUCGUCACCGAGAAGCACCACGGCCUGAGCCUGGGCCUGGGACAAUCGCUGGGCCAGCCAACCAGCCCCAACUACGGUCCGCAGACCUUCCCGACGCCGCCCAGUCAACCCUUCGAGCUGCGGCCCGCCAGCCCGGGGUCGUACCUAUUUUCAGCCACUCCGACACCCACUGCCGAGCCCCUGGAUCAGAGCUACCUGACGACGCCGUUCAGGGAGGAGACCACGCUCCCACCCACGCACAUCAACGAGGUGCACUCUCCGCCGCUUAGACCCACGUCGUCUACGCGCCACCGCUUCCAGCCCAGCGUGAGCGUCAUCCGGGACGAGGAGGAGGAGACCCCGGCACCCUUCACCGAGGACAAGCCAUCCUUCCAGAAGCGUGUGCCGCUCAAGGGCCGACGCCGCAAGCCCUACACGUCCACGUCGACGUCCACGACGACCACGACGACGACGGAGGAGGCGCCGUCCGCUCAGAUCGACCGUCAGCCCGAGGCCACGGACGCCCCCGGCCUAGAGAUCCACGAGCUGCAGUUCCAGCCUGAGCUGUCUGAGGCAUCGCCCACUUUGGCUACCACCACCAGCACGUCAAGGCCCCUGCUUCGUCGCAAGAAGCCCUCCAGGAUCAGCCCGGGUGGUGAGAGGCUGAGGAACAGACUAGUCCCCCCGGAACUCAUCAAGACUACGACGCCCGAGCCCGAUACCACCACAUUGUACCCCGCACAACUCGAGACUACCACGAUGCCCGACUUUAACGAGUACCGCGAACACCCCCAGCACUCACAGCACGCCAAAUACCCCGAGGAGAAGCCCGCCGGUCACGGUGAACAUGAGUACAGCCAGCUGUUCAGCCAGCUGCCUUCUGUCGUGCCGACCCUGCAGGACUUCUCUAGUCUCGAGGACUUCAAGAUGGAGGAACCCGCCAAGCCGGAUGACUACCCCAAGCCCAAUUAUCCAAACGAGUACACCAAGCCCGAAGAGCAGUACACGAAGUACGCAGACGACGACUACAGGGCGGACUACCCUAGGACCGAGUACCCCAAGACCGAGCGCCCCAAGACUGAGUACCCGAAACAGACGGAUUACCCGAAGACGGACUACACUGCAACUGAUUACCCCAAGACAGACUACCCCAAGCAGGAGCUGAAGCCCGCGUACCCCUCAGAACAGCCCCAGGACGUUGCUCUCCCCAGUUACUCAUUUGACUCGAGGCCCGCAGGCCAGUUCGACUCUAGACCUUCUAACCAGUUCCACUCCAGGCCUUCCAGCCAGUUUGACGCGAGGCCCAGCCAGUACGAGAGCUUUGACUUGGACCCCGUGUCGCCAACCUUGAACGCAGUGAUCAGCAGCGCGGCUCCAACCCUCGCGGAGCUGGCGUCGCCGUCUGCGAUCGCGGACGUGCAGGAGGAGCCCCAGACCACGGCGGCCCCCGCCGUGGAGACCACGACGCCGACCCUGUCCAACCGGCUGAGGCCCCGUAUUCGCUUCAACUCGACGCGGCCCCGCUUCAGCGUCAAGGACUACCACGGCCGCAAGCCCACCAAGGACGGCGAGAAUGAGGGGCAGACGCCCUCGACGACGGCCGCCCCCGCGCACGCGCCGAGCAGGGGCCGCGUCCCCUCGCGGACCAGGGGGUCGCACCGCCACACCACGGAGAGCAGGGACCCGGACACGGCCACGUCCACCGAGUCCAGCCGCCUGCGCUACCGCACCAAGGACCCCCUGCGCUUCAACAGCGGCCGCUAUCGCAGCACCACCUCGACCUCCACGACCACGACCACGGAGGUGCCGCCCGCCGACGCCGCGGACGCCGGCUCCGAGGUGUCGACGGAGAAAUCCAACGACAAGUCCCCCGUGAUUAGCCGCUUCCGUCCGGGCACGGGCAAGUACUACAGCCGCUACCGCACGUCCACGUCCACGGAGGCGCCCGCCGCCGACAGCGCGCGCCUGGAGAAACCGGCCAUCCGCAUACCCACCCGGGCCAAGGGGGUGUUCUCGGUGCGGAGGACGAGCACGACGGCGGCCAGUAAGCUCGAGGACGCUCCGGACGACGAGCAGCCCGAGGAAGGUGAGAACUACCCGCCGCAGGCGCAGACCGCGCUGCACAAGCGGUACGGCAGCAGCCACGACACGGUGAGGGACAACGAGGUGCUGCCUUCCACCUCGCGGACCGCGCCCGCCGCGCCCGCCGCCACCGUGGAGAUCCCCGGCCCGAGCGCCGUGCCCGCCUCCGCGCCCGCCCCCACAGCCGAGCAGCCCUCUAGCACGGCUUGGAGCCACAGCGACCUCGCGGACGUGCAGAUCGACGCGUCGUCGUCGUCCUCGUCGGAGGACAUGCUGUUGUCGCCGUCGCAGAGGGUGGCCGAGCUCACGUCCUCGCCGGGCAACCACUACAACAACCCGGGCACGUUCAAGUCAGUCAUGCCCGCCAGCAGGAGAACGCCUCUGAAAGUGAGCCUGUCGACGGACGACCCCAUCCUGCCCAUCGAGGCCUUCUUCAACUCGUGGAGCAAGGACCAGAAGAACUCGUGAGCGGGGCAGGCCGUGCCGGGGCCACGUCCGCCCGCCCGCCCCGCCCGCGGCCCGGCGUGAAGGGGCGCGCUGAGCCCUGACCUGACCAGGACGCCGUCCACUUCCAGCGCGGCUCAGGGCGCCUUUCAACGAGACUAUUUUCCCCGCGGAUAAUAGUCAGGCCGCUUACGUUCCGGGCCGGCCCGGGCCCCGCCGCCCUGCCAUGCGAACCAUCCGCCUCGCCAUUCCGGAGCGACAAUAUCAUAUUUUUUUUCGUGCUGCUGUCGUAGCGAUGCCAAAGCAAAUUUUCGUGGUGGGCUUCAACAAGUUGUGGUGUGAUGAUUUUUUUAUUUUAAAAUUUACGGACUAAAAAUGGAAAUGUGCGGAGUGGGAAUAUUGUAAUCUGAUCGCUCUGAUUUCUGGGUUCAACUACAGGAAAGGGAUGCUCAUUUUAAUAUGGCAAGAAAAGCAGGGUGAUGUGCAGACCACACACUGCAAAAAACAUGUGAUGUAACAUUCUUUAAUCAUAAGUCUGAAUCUGCCUUAGUUGUACUCCUAUUUGUAAUGUCAGAGCAGAAGCAUAUUGUCGAUUAACGUCUGAAGAUUACUAGCUGUACUUGUAUUUAUUUUUCUAUAUUAUACGAAAGUGUGUCAUGUGAGAGUGUGUGUGAAUGGAGAGUGCGUGUUCGUGUGUUUUGUGAGUGCGUGUGUUUUGUGAACGCGUGUGUGUGUGUGAGUGCGAGCGAAAGAGUGCUGCGUGUGAGUGUGUGUGCAUGAGGUUCUUCCUCUGAGUGAGCCUCCUGGAGAGUGCGAAAAAUUAUUUAUUUCUAACUGUUACAUAUAAUUUUAUUAUACUAUUUCAGAGUGCGUUGUUUAUGUGGCUCUUUUCAUGCGCGUAAAACGUGUAACCUGUAAAUAAACAGUACAACACAGACUUGA